AUGAAAAUGAAGUUCUUUUGGGUUGCUGCUCUCUUGCUUAAUUUGGUUCUUGGGGUGACUGAGGCUUUUGAUUUUCACGAGAAGGAUUUGGGGUCGGAGGAAAGUUUAUGGGAUUUGUAUGAGAGGUGGAGGAGCCACCACAGGGUCUCCAACCCCAAGAGCCUUGCUGAUGAGAAGCACAAGCGCUUCAAUGUAUUCAAGGAAAAUGUUAUGCAUGUUCAUAAUAGCAACCAGAUGGAUAAGCCUUAUAAGCUGAAGUUGAACAAGUUUGCCGACAUGUCUAACCAUGAGUUUAGGAGCACUUAUGCAGGGUCCAAGGUUAAGCACCACAGGGUGCACCAAGGAACGCCACGUGGAGGUGGGAGCUUCAUGUACGAGAAGGUUGACAGAGUUCCCCACUCUGUUGAUUGGAGGAAGAAAGGUGCUGUGACUAGUGUUAAGAACCAAGGCCAAUGUGGUAGUUGUUGGGCCUUUGCAGCCAUUGCAGCAGUAGAGGGUGUUAAUCAAAUCAAGACCAAUAAGCUAGUUUCCUUGUCUGAGCAAGAGUUGGUAGAUUGUGAUACUGAACAAAAUGAAGGCUGCAAUGGAGGAUUUCCAGAAUCUUCUUUUGAGUUCAUCAAGCUAAAGGGGGGCAUAAACACCGAAACUAAUUACCCUUACAAAGCCGCAAAUGGAACUUGUGAUGCUAAUUCCAUGGAAAAUUCUACAGUAGUGUCAAUUGAUGGGUAUGAGCAUGUGCCUGCUAAUGAUGAGAACGCAUUGCUUAAAGCAGCUGCAAAUCAACCUGUAUCUGUGUUUAUAGAUUCUGGGGGUUCUGAUUUCCAAUUCUACUCGGAGGGGGUGUUUACUGGAAAAUGUGGAACAGAGCUGGAUCAUGUAGUUGCAGUUGUUGGCUAUGGAACAACUGGUAAUGGAAUCAAGUACUGGAUAGUGAAGAACUCCUGGGCACUAGAUUGGGGAGAGAAGGGUUAUAUUAGGAUGCAGCGUGGCAUCUCUGAGAAGGAGGGCCUGUGUGGUAUUGCAAUGGAUGCUUCAUAUCCCACAAAUAAUGAACCACGCAAUUUGGAGCUCAUAAAUAUUGCAAUUGGUAUGGCGAUUGAUCAAUGAAAUACAUUAUUUUAUUUAUUUUCUUUUUUCUAUGCUCUAAUGAAA